AUGUGUUACUAGAUAAUCUAUUACAACUCAAUCACGAGUUACACACACAAAAAUAAGUCUCUCAGCUUCAACAUUCCAGGUCUACUACAAAAACCAUGUCAAGCAAGCAAAAGAAGCUCAUCCGGUGGUCAAUUAUCAGCCUCCUCAUUGCUCUCUUCAUCCUCCUCCUCAUAAUCCUCAUCAUUUGGGUAGUCCUCCAGCCGAAAAAGCCCCAAUUCAUCCUCCAAGACGCUACCCUCUACGCCUUCAACUUGUCUUCCACGCCUCCAUAUUUCCUAUCCUCAAACCUCCAAGUAACCAUCUCCUCUCAAAACCCCAACAAAAGAAUAGGCAUCUACUAUGACAAGCUCGAUGUCUAUGCUGCAUACCGGACUCAACAAAUCACGUACUACACCGCUACACCACCCGACUAUCAAGGCCACAAGGAAGUGAUUGAAUGGUCACCUUUCUUGUAUGGCACUGACAUACCUGUCGCGCCAUCCAAUGGCGAGUCGUUGAGGCAGGAUGAGAGUAAUGGAGCCAUUUGGCUGAUGAUCAAGUUAAACGGACAUGUAAGGUGGAAAGUUGGUUCGUUUACUAGCGGAAGAUAUCAUCUUCGAGUUAACUGUCCUGCGUUUAUACCUUUAAGUAAAGCUAGUAAUGCUAAGUAUCAGUUGGUUGCCAAUUGCAAAGUAACAGUGUGAUUUGCGAGUGAGAGAGUUUGAUCUUAAUUUUUGCUGGAUUUUAGAUGAUUUUGUCUUACACGUACGAGAUAAACUACAAUGUAGAAUGUUGACAUGAAAAUUAGAUAGUGAAGAGGCCUGCAGAAUGUAGGAUGUGGUGGCUUUUCUACUGUCAGCUUUCUAUAUAUAUUCAACAAAAAGUUCUGCACUUGUUUUCUA